AUGUCAAUCAAUUUUAACGAUGGUUCACUUCAUGAGGACAUCUCAAAGUCUAAGCUAGGAUACUUACUUCUUCGGUGCAUUCGCUACUACAUCGAGCUAGAUAUCUAUGCUUUGUUUGAAGUUCACACCGAGGAGACUAUUGCGGCUGGAAGGGCAACCCUGGAUACAUUUUCGGAAUUGAUGGAGGAAUAUAUCACCAAGUCGCAGCCUGAAACAAGCAAGAACUGGAACUUCCCAAAGAAGCAUAUGAUCACGCACAUAUUUGAUGAUAUUUUGGCUAAAGGUGCAACAUGCAACUACAAUGCCAAGCCAAAUGAGAAGAUGCAUCAUGAUGGUGCGUUACAGAAAAUUUACCUUCAACGGACAAACUUCAAGGAUGUUGCUCCUCAGGCUACUGACCCAGAGACAAAUGAACCUGAUAUUGAACCAGUAGCGGGUUCAGAUCCUGUCGCCCAUGUGCGCUUAGGUUCAAAGCAAGGCAAACAUUCAUUUUCAGAUAUCAUGCACACACACAGAACCAACAGCACCUUUACCGAACUUUUGGACAAAGCUUAA